AUGGUGUUACCUGCGGCGUGGAUUCUGAUCUUCAAGCUUGGGUUCAUCAGAGACAGCUCCGAGUGCAGUUUGGCGUUCAGACCAGGCACCAGCGACGUGCUGCCAACAAGAACGAUGUUGUUGGCGAGCUGCGGCUUCAGAUCGAUGUCCAGCCGGUCAAGCACCGUUUGCACGAGCUUGAUCAGACCAAUACCGCCCUGGACAUCGGCAACGUCCUCGUCCAUUUUGUCUUCCUCGGGCUUUUUCGCCCGUCUCAUUGGAACGUACUCUUUGCUGGAGGUCUCGUUGGCGUGGCCAAGUCUCUUGAUGAUGUUUCCGUCGUCCGGGGUCUCGAAGCCGGUGAUCGGCGUCGACAGCGUCUCGAGCGGCGAGAACAACGAGUUGCUCAGCGCAGCACGGUCUUUCUUUGUGAACGGAACAGCAAGCCCGUCCGGAAGCUCAAACCAGCGAACUUGGUCGUCAGACUCCUUUGGCUCGUCUCCUUCCUCCUCAAUGCAACUCAACAAAGUCUCCUUCAUCUCCUGCAACACCUUGAGCUUGGCAAACUCGUGGAACGAUUUGGACACCUCGAAAUCGUACUUGCGCUCCUGGAACUCCGCCUUGGACGCUGGAGAUUCGUAA